AUGCUUGUGGGUCUGGUGUGGGCCGACCCCCAGCUCCACAGCCCCAUGUAUUUCUUCCUCAGUCAGCUGGCCGUGCUGGACAUGGGCCUCGUCUGCAUCACCCUGCCCCAGGCUCUGGUGCACGCCCUGACCCAACACCGGGCCAUCCCCUUCGCCCGCUGCAUGGCCCAGCUCUUCAUCUACCUGUCCGUGAGCACCAUGGAGGGCUGCCUGCUGGCUGCCAUGGCCUACGACCGCUACGUGGCCGUCUACGACCCGCUGCGCUACGCCGCCGUGGUGACGCGGUCCCUGUGCCUCAAGAUAGUGGCUGCUUCGUGGGCCGUGGUGAUCCCGCACGCCCUGCUGCACAGCGUCAUGACCGCCCGGCUGCGUUACUGCAGCAACCGCCUGCCGCAUUACUUCUGUCAUCUGCAAUCGCUGCUGCGCCUCUCCUGCACCCGGCCCUUCGUCAAUGAGCUGGUGCUCUUCACCGAGGCCACGUUGGUGGUGGGAACCCCUUGCGCCAUCAUCCUGGCCUCCUACGUCUGCAUCGGGGUGGCCGUGGGCCGCCUGCGCUCUGCCCAAGCCCUGCGCAAGGCCCUCUCCACCUGCGGCUCCCACCUGACCGUGGUGUUGCUCACGUACGGCACCGUGGCCUGGCUCUACUUCCACCCAGAUUCCAGCAACACCCCUGGGCAGAAACAGCAAGUGACCUUCUUCUACACCUCCGUGGUGCCCACCCUGAACCCCCUCAUCUACAGCCUGAGGAACAAGGACGUGGCCGCGGCCCUGAGGAGGGUAAAGAGGAAGGUCCUGGCUCAGUGUGCGUGA